AAAUCAUUCUACACAAUCCUGGCCUCUAGACGUGACGAAAGACUGAAAGCACUAUCCAAAUCAUAACAUAUAUGUGACGGGGAACCUUAGAAUGGCGAAAUCGUCUCUUCUGGUUCUGCUACUGUUGACAACAGUGAUACUGGCUGAUCGUGUUGGGGACUAUGAAUACCGUUACUCUCUGAAUCGAGAGCAACUCCAUCAACAGGAACGAGUGUAUGCGGGAUACAGGUUUAAUUACACAGAGAAUGAACAGAUCGUACAGAACUACUUGGAGUACCUCAAGUGGAUGAACUUUCAGAAAUCCAAAGCUGACUUUCCCCCUGCUCGACCAAUAAAAUCCCAUCUAGCUGACGUCAAAACAUCGGUCAUAUAUCGUCUUCUGAAGCGGUUUCCGAAGGGAGGAAACAUGCAUCUACACCACAAUCACGUUGUAAGUAAAGCAAAAAUCAUGGACAUUAUUUAUUCACACCAAGUUUUGCUCGACAAUUUCUACGUUAAGGAAUCUCCAGAACCAAACAAAUGGCGAUUCAACUUUUAUCUCAAUCCACCAAGCGGUUGGGUUAAAGUGAAGGACAACCAAAAUUACACCAAGGACAUUAUUGUGAAACAUUCGACUUUUCUAGGGGUUAUAACAGACACGGCCAUUAAUUCGCCAACUCUCAGCGAGUUGCGAUGGAAACAAAUGGGUUCCUUGUUUGGCGCAAUGGGGUCGUCGGUCGUGAACCAGAUAAAUAUGUCAAGGUUAUAUAUGGAGGCAAUGCUUCAAGCUGCAGUGGACGAAAAUGUGCAGUAUCUUGAAGCAAAAUCCUCUUCCUACAACAAGUUAUACGUUUUAGACCCAGACUCUGCGUAUGCAAAAACACAUGGAAAGCAUUAUGUAGACAACGACAUGGGAGAAGAGGAACUUCACAUUAUGGAGGAAGUAUUGAACGAAUUUCGUCAGAAGAAUCCGUCUUUUAUUGGAUAUAAACGAAUUGUUAACUCGAACAGACGAGUGAGUUCCACAACACUCAAACUCGAUGCGCAGAGAGCACUCACACUGCAUAAAAGAUAUCCUCAUCUUGUGGCGGGAUUUGACAUAGUGGCGGAAGAGGACCACGGAUAUUCUCUGUUGUUUUACCUCAAGGACUUUGCAGAAUUGGAAGUACAGAAUGCUUCACUUCCAUACUUUUUCCACACAGCAGAAACCAACUGGCCCUCAACAUAUCUAACAUCUACACAUUUAACAGAUCCGGUCGCUGCGAUAGAAAAUACAUACGACGCGAUUCUGUUGGGCGCCAAAAGAGUUGGACAUGGCAUAGGUUUUUUGUCUCAUCCUUAUCUAAUGGAAGUGCUUAAACAGAAAAAAAUUGCUGUGGAGGCAAACCCAGUCAGUAACAAAAUGUUGGGUUAUGUCCCCGAUCAGCGCCACCAUCCGGCUAUCACUUAUAUUCGGUAUGGUAUACCCGUAGUUUUAGGAGCAGACGACCCUUCUACGUUUGGAUAUGAUGAAUUCACGGUUGACUGGUAUGAGGCAGUAAUGGGAUGGGAUCUGACUCUUGCCGACAUGCGCCAUUUGGCAAUGAAUUCACUGGAGUACAGUUCUCUCCUGGAUUCUGAGAAACCAGCUGCCAUCACAAAGUGGCAAAACAACUAUAAUCUUUUCAUAACAAACACAAAACAGGAAGCAUGUCAGUUAACCUUCAAUGAUACACCUCCAUUCGUUUCAUCAAUAUUUCCUCAAGAGGGUCCCAUAGGUGGUGGAAAGAACGUCAACGUUUUCGGGCGAAAUUUUCAUAGAGCAAUAUGCAAAACCAUCUACUGCCGAUUUGGAAGCACAACAACAAAAGGAACCUUAAUCUAUGAUCAUCUCAUCAACUGUCCAUCUCCUGUUCGAGCGUCACAGGGCGCGAAACAUAACGUGCAAUUUAGCAUCUCUCUGGACAGUGGCGCCACCUUCUUAAGCACAAACGAAACAUUUUCUUUUAAGCAUGCGUCUCAUGGAAUAUCACUACCAGACAUAGUGGGAUGAUCGAAAUAUUUUCUUUCAGGAGUUUUAUUCGUGUGACUGAAAUAUCUAAAUAUCAGCAUACUUUUAUAUUCAAUACAAUACGUGUAGUUGAUUAAAAUUGAAUUUAA